AUGACCGCCUUUGGAACAAGAUCCGCAACGGUACGCUUCACAAUUCCAAAGUACGACUGGAUCAAAAGCUUGAUCACCUCGGUCUCCUGUUGCUCACGGUCGGUCAUCUGGCCAGAGGCCUUCAAGAUGUUUGGUGGAGCUUCCAUGGCAGCCAAUCUUUUUUUGUUCUUUGAAGAGAAGAACCCGCCAAAGAAGGAGCCAGUCUUGUCCUCCUCGGAAACAGGUGGCGCAGAGGUGGCUGCCUGA